GCGGGGCUCCGGUUCUCGGAGCUGGCCUGAGGGGCGAGCUGGUGUCUGGCAGGACUAAGGCUGCGGGAGGUCAGUGGCGGUCGGGGGCCGGAGCCGGUCGCCGGCGCCAUGGAGGACGACGACAGCUAUGUUCCUAGUGACCUGACUGCAGAAGAGCGUCAAGAACUGGAGAACAUCCGGCGGAGGAAGCAGGAGCUGCUGGCUGACAUUCAGAGGCUGAAGGACGAGAUAGCAGAAGUCGCUAAUGAAAUUGAAAGCCUGGGAUCCACAGAGGAAAGGAAAAACAUGCAGAGGAACAAACAGGUAGCCAUGGGCAGGAAGAAAUUUAACAUGGAUCCUAAAAAGGGGAUCCAGUUCUUAAUAGAGAAUGACCUGCUGAAGAAUACUUGUGAAGAUAUUGCCCAGUUCUUAUACAAAGGGGAAGGGCUCAACAAAACAGCCAUUGGUGACUACCUUGGGGAGAGAGAUGAGUUCAGCAUCCAGGUCCUGCAUGCGUUUGUAGAGCUGCAUGAGUUCACCGACCUGAACCUCGUCCAGGCCUUGCGGCAGUUCCUAUGGAGCUUCCGGCUCCCUGGAGAGGCCCAGAAGAUUGACCGGAUGAUGGAGGCCUUUGCCCAGCGGUACUGUCAGUGCAAUAAUGGGGUGUUCCAGUCCACAGACACUUGCUACGUCCUCUCCUUUGCCAUCAUAAUGCUGAAUACCAGCCUACACAACCCCAAUGUCAAAGACAAGCCUACAGUGGAGAGGUUCAUUGCCAUGAAUCGGGGCAUCAAUGAUGGAGGAGACCUGCCUGAGGAGUUGCUCCGGAACCUCUAUGAAAGCAUAAAAAACGAGCCCUUUAAGAUCCCAGAAGAUGAUGGCAAUGACCUCACUCACACUUUCUUCAAUCCAGACCGAGAAGGCUGGCUGCUGAAACUCGGUGGCAGGGUGAAGACCUGGAAGAGGCGCUGGUUCAUUCUGACUGACAACUGCCUUUACUACUUUGAGUACACCACGGAUAAAGAGCCCCGUGGGAUCAUCCCCUUAGAGAAUCUGAGUAUCCGAGAGGUAGAAGACUCCAAAAAGCCGAACUGCUUUGAGCUUUAUAUCCCUGACAACAAAGACCAGGUGAUUAAGGCCUGUAAGACGGAGGCCGAUGGCCGGGUGGUGGAAGGGAACCACACUGUGUACCGCAUCUCAGCCCCGACUCCCGAGGAGAAGGAGGAGUGGAUCAAGUGCAUCAAGGCUGCCAUCAGCAGAGACCCUUUCUACGAGAUGCUAGCAGCACGGAAAAAGAAGGUCUCGUCCACGAAGAGACACUGAGCGUGCACCAGGGCGCGGCAGCCCCCUGAGCUGGCCCUUUCUCCCGCCUCCCCUGGAGGGGCGCAGCGGAGCCAAGCAGAGGAGAGCAGAGGCCUCCUCUGCCAGUCCCUGCCCGCUCCUAAAGACUAGCUUCAGCUUUUGCAGUUUUCUAAGUGGGAGAAGGGUGGGCAGUGAGGGCUGGGGCUGCUGCCGCCCCCGUGGGCUCCAGCCGCUCUCAGAAGCGCUGCCAGCAGCAGAGC